GCAUGUAUCUGAAAAUGGACGAGAUGUAUUAGUGCUCAAAAUGGUAGCUGGGAAACUACAUGUAGUAGCUGGUACUGCCGAAAAACUGUUUCUGAAACUAGCUGAUGAAACUGCACAAGAUCUGGAUUAUGUCGAUACAUAUAUCUUAAAUCAUACGGCAUUUACUGCUUCCACGGAGUUCUUGGAAAAUUUGAUGGCACGGUUUCAUCUCGAGGCGUUGCCGGGUGAGGCGGAAUAUUUCAAAAAAUGGCAACACUGUAUACAAGUCAAGGUUUUAAACGUCAUUUCUCGAUGGGUUAAGCUGCAAUACCAAGAUUUCAGGAUAACGCCUGUUUUACAGACCCGAUUGGAAGCAUUUCUUAAUGGCGACAUUAAACGAGCAGGAUUUACAAAUGAAGCUAAUAUGAUUAAAGAAGCAUUGGAUUUGCAGAUGGCCCGGCAUGCACGACAAAGACAUUCGCUUGUGGCACUGACAUCCCAUUCGCUCGCAUCAUUCGGUAGCAGUGGUAGCAGCAGCAGUAAUUUCAACAACAACAACAGUAGUGCAGUAUUACCAAUGUCUCCAAGCUCACCACCUACACCUUCGUCACUUGUUGGAUCGCCACCAUUCCAACGUCGACCAUCUACUACCACUAUUUCAACAACACCUUCUUCUUAUCUUUUUUCAUUUGUAUCUACACCGCCCAGCUCUCCGACCUCAUUAUCAACACCUACCAGUACCACUUCAUUUUCGUCAGCACUGGCUGCCCUACCAAUAUACUCAUCAUCAUCACAAUUACUGUCACUAGAAGCGCGCGAUGUUGCACGAUACUUGACGCUUGCUGAUUUUUAUACGUUAAAAUGUAUUACGAGUUACGACUAUCUUUGCGGACAGUGGCGACGGAACGCAGCAUCAGGUGGUGAUGAUGGAUAUAUUGGAAUGAUGACCAGACGUGCCAACAUGUUGACGCAUUGGAUACCGCACGAGCUACUCGCAGUCAAGACUACAAAACAACGACGUUCCGUGUUACGUAAACUGAUCGAAAUUUCCAAACUGUGUCUGGAAUGGAACAAUUUUCACACGAGUAUGGUGAUUACUAUGGCGUUGACUAGCGCACCAGUUCAAAAACUUGGUCAAGAAGUUUGGGAGUCGUUGCCAAGUCGAGACAUGAACACCUUUGCCAUGUUGAAACGCUAUUUGGAUGUGAGCAACAACAUGGCCUAUUAUCGACAAGCUUUAACGAAAAGCACCACCGCCGUCAAAAAAGCUGCUGCUCCCGCCGUACCUUUUUUCCCACUCGUCUUGAAAGAUUUGACGUUCUAUUCGGACGGUAACCGGACGACAUAUGCCGACGACCUCAUCAAUUUUAGCAAGUUUCGAACAUUGACACAGUUUGUUCACCAGAUCGUCGAUUAUACCAAUGAGAAUUAUUGGUUUGCUGGUGAUCUGGAACACCUGGCAUUCUUUUCUGAAAAGAGCCAUUAUCAACCCUCUUGUACGGCUGGCCCGUUAGAUCAUGUAGCAGAAAUAAUCGAGCACGCACUUCGAGCAGUAGCAGAUUGCUGUGAUGAUCCGCACUGCGAAACCCGAUUACUAGCUCAGUUAUAAAUAAAAAAAAGCUUACUGCGAC